GCUGCGCUUUGCUUGCGUCCUUUUGUUUGUACUAUUAUCCCAGCUACGAGAAGGACAAGGACAACUUCGGAAUCCACAUCUUCGAAAAGUUUGAGCUCCUGCCGAAGAACAGCCCCCUAAAGUCAAGCCCCAUGGUGGCGGCAAGCUUCCUCUAUGCAGUGGUGGCAGUGCUGGCGUUGAUGUGGUACUUCGUCAGAAGAUCUCAGCAUGGCUUCUGGGUCAGUUACUUCUGUUGCUACUAUGAAGCAAUGGGAGCAGUAGCGCUGAUACCUCAGCUGUGGAUGUUCCAUCAAGACAAGCGGGUGUCGCCCUUGUUAUCUUACUUUGUGGUGCUCACAGCGUUGAACCGGUUCUUCACUCUUUGCUUCUGGAUUUGCUACCCGCGCGUCUUCCUGUGGAGAUACCCAGACAAUCGUGGAGUUCAAAUGGUGUCAGAGACGCUGAACCUCUUGAUCCUCUCGGACUUCCUCUUCUACUGGGCCCGCUCCAAGAUUCGAGGGGAUGCGGAAGUGAUCAUAGGUGACAGCUCGCAGAUGGUCUGA